AGAUCAGGAGGAAGCCUCUCUCUGUACUUCAAUGGCGGAAUUAAGCCCAAUCUCAGUCUCAAACCUCAGUAAUCGUAUCCAUUUCUCUUCUUCUCCUCCUAUAAUCUCCUUUCAAUUGUUCAGCAUCACAGCCAAGCGUUGUAGCAAUUGCAGAAGCAUAAGCAGAAGAUUAGGGCUGGGAUUCAUGGCUUUAAUGGCGUCGUCGUCUGUAGCCUCGACGCCUGUGAAAAUAACGAAUGCUUUGGAUCUGAAAUUGAUAGCGCCGGAGCAGAGCUUCGAGGAGGCGGAGAGCGGAAUCAGAGGCCAUGCGGAAGCGGUUUUGCAGGUGAGAGGUUUAAUUGAAUCGGAGUCUUGGAAGGAAGCGCAGAAGCAGUUGAGAAGCAGUUCGCCGCUGCUCAAACAGGAUCUGUACACUAUAAUUGAAUAUAAACCGCCUGCUGAGCGACCUCCUCUCAGGAAACUCUAUUCUCUUCUCUUCAACAAUGUUACUCGACGAGAGAUAAAGAUGCGGAACGAGUUUGGCAGUGCUACGAUAACAUUGUGAUGGCCAUUUCUGACAUUUUAUCCAGAAUUUAGAAAGAUAAACGAAAGUUCUCGAUUCUCCAGCCAAUGAUCGUAAUACUCUUUCCAUUCUUUUGUUUUUCGAUCUUAUAACUUGGCAUAUAAACACAAAAUAUUGGAAAUAACAUGUAGAAUACAAUGAUGAACAUGCAUUGUGCCACGGUCCUACGGUUUUUUACUGUGUUGUCGUGAUUUUGACACGCUCACGACUAGCCUUAAGGGAAUUAAGCCCCAUAUAUAUUUUUAACUCGGCUUUGUGGCUUCGUCGUACUUUACGCGAGGUUUGUUUUCGUCAAUCGAACAUCGUUUGUGCAAAAUACAAGCUUGUUCGACUACACACGCCGUUUGCGCGUGCAUGUUCAAUCGUCUGUGAGACAUCCAACUUGCCUCUACGCUAGGCCAAAUCAUUCGGCUCGACCUUGCCUCUACUCGGGACAAGGUCUCUCAAUGCAACGUUGCCUCUCAUCUUGUCAUCUCGAUCUCCAUCGACAGGGUCCAUAUGUCUUGACUCCAUCCCGAGUCUCGGGAUGUCGUUGGCCAUCAUAACUCGCUCGGUUAUGCCAUCGAGAAUGGGCCCGCGUGUCUUUCAUCCCAUCGGGACUUCCCGUACAUCCAUCCAUCCGAGUUCUAUCGAGGCAUUGGCCCUCUCGUGCCCAUGCCGAGUUGUUUACGGAUACCGUACCGGAUAAUGAGUGUAUGUAGCAACCUCCAACACGGGGAUUAGGACGCAAUACCGACACACCCGUGCCGUCCGGUACUGUUCUUCAAAAAUUCAUUUCAAAGGAAGUCGCCCGAGACACUCGUCAGGGGUGGUGGAGAGCUAACACCAUGGUACUCCUAUGGUACAUUUUGAGCCAUUUUCAAUUUUCCAGGCCUAGACAUGAUUUUGGUGAACGGUCAUACGGUGUUCGUGCAUUGUCCGUCCGGUGUCCGAUUGAUAUCAAACUUGGCGAGCAUUCCUAUUUCAUAUGGAUGGACUUAACUCCCAAACCGCAUGCUCAAAUUCUUUCUGGAACCCCGACUUUUGAGGUUAAGGCUUGGGGCUCUACCUGGCCCUUCAACAAGCCUAUCUUUGCCCUUCAUGUCUAUUCUGAUGUCUCAGUCUUGCUUAUGUCUAAACUUGUCUUCAGUGCCUA